GGCUGCGCCUGUCCGGUGAGUGAGGCGGGAGCUCAGGUGGCUUUUCAAGGAGCGCAGAGCCGAGCAUGGCGGCGUUGAAGUUUGCCGGGCUGGACGACACCGACAGCGAGGAGGAGCUGCCGCCCGGCUGGGAGGAGCGCACCACCAAGGACGGCUGGGUCUACUACGCCAAUCAUUUGGAGGAGAGAACUCAAUGGGACCAUCCAAAAUCUGGGAAACGGAAAAGAGUUGCUGGAGAUUUACCGUAUGGUUGGGAACAGGAGACAGAUGAAAAUGGACAAGUCUAUUUUGUGGACCAUAUAAACAAGAGGACCACCUACCUUGAUCCCAGAAUGGCAUUCACUGUGGAAGACAAUCCCAUGAAAAGCAACAUGAAGCAGAAGUAUGACGGCAACACCACGGCAAUGGAAGUACUAGAAGGCCGAGACUUGAGUGACAAAGUGAUCAUCAUCACAGGAGCCAAUGCAGGAAUAGGUUUAGAAACGGCGAAAUCUUUUGCCCUCCAUGGUGCCCAUGUCAUUCUAGCCUGCCGAAACACCUCAAGAGCGGAUGAGGCCGUGCGCCAGAUCUUGAAAGAAUGGCACAAAGCCAAGGUAGAAGCAAUCACCUUGGAUCUUGCAUCUCUUCAAAGUGUAUGGGAAUUUGCUGAAACCUUCAAAUCCAAGAAUCUAGCUCUCCAUGUGCUGGUCUGCAAUGCUGCUGUCUUUGGUCUUCCUUGGCAAUUAACUGAAGAUGGCCUGGAGAGGACCUUCCAGGUGAAUCAUUUGGGACACUUUUAUCUCAUUCAGCUUCUCAAAGAUGUUCUUUGCCGCUCAGCUCCUGCAAGAAUUGUGAUUGUCUCUUCUGAAUCACACAGGUUCAUGGAUAUUAAAGAGAACUCAGGAAAACUUGACUUCAACUUGCUUUCACCAUCGAAGAAAGAUUAUUGGGCUAUGUUGGCCUACAACAGAUCUAAGCUUUGCAAUAUUCUUCUGUCAAAUGAACUGAAUCGGCGGCUUUCCACCCAUGGAGUUAUCUCAAACGCAGUGCAUCCUGGAAAUCUGAUCUACUCAUCCCUUCAUCACAACUGGUGGUUUUACACCCUCUUGUUUACACUGGCUCGACCAUUCACCAAGUCACUGCAACAAGGAGCGGCCACCACCGUCUACUGUGCUGUCGCGGCAGAACUGGAAGGCCUGGGAGGCAUGUAUUUCAACAACUGCUGUCGCUGUGUGCCAUCGCAACAGGCGCAGAACGAAAUGGAUGCGGCUGCCUUGUGGGACCUCAGCGAGAAGCUGAUCCAGGAAAGAGUUGGCAGGCAGGGCAAGUAAGGAAAUGAAAGACCAGCACAUGCAGAGUACAGAGAGAGAUGGAGGGGGGGGGGCUGGGUGGGGUUGGGGAGGUGGAGCGAAAGAAAUGUGCCUAUAUUGGAACGCUUCCAAUCCUAUCAUCUAGAAGGUUAGAGCUGCAGAUUAGUUAGCGUUAAAUGAAAUGGUAGCAAUCGUGACCAACAGAAAAACAGACGGGAGGGAAAUACGAAUGGAGAGCAUAAUUUUGCUGGGCUUAAUUCUCUCAGCUUUGUUUCCUAUGAUUAGUGUCUGAACUAUUUUUCUUUUGUUAAAAGAUAGAGAUAGGCUUCAUUCUCUUAGCUUUGAUUACAGUCUGAACUGAUUUUUUUUUUAAAAAAAAGAUAGAGAAGGAAAUAUCCAACGGAGGCUAGAAAAAGUCGGAGAAUAAGGGGGGUGGAAACGGAAGCUGAAUUGCACAUUACAAUUUUGUAAGCAUAAUGCCACUCCCCUGUGCUUUCCUUUUUUGUUUGUUUUCAGUGCACAGUUAGGAAAAUAAAGUGUGAAGUGCCUGACUGUAUGUUUUAAAACAGGUACACACACAUCCCUGCUCCCUGCUAUAAUGGAUGUUUGGUAGCAGGACUAAAACAAAAAUUACUUUUCAGCAAUGGGUUGAAUUGGCCCUCGGGAAGUUUGAUUUCUAUACUCUGUUUGGAAAAAUGAAAGACACAUAAGACUCAAAAUAACCCCCUAGGAAUUUCAGUUUGUUAUUUGGAUUCUCUUCUCUAAGGAGAAUAGUGCAUGGCUGGUUUUGCUUUCUGCACUUAAAUGUUCAGUAAAACAAUCCCAAGUAUUAAAUAAUCGAAAAGUCUUCUUGAUAGCAAAUGAAAACCACUUUGCCUAAAAGGAGAAGAUUCUCAAUCUUCAAGGUGGUUACACCCAUUCUAGUUAAAUAUAUAUAGUACAAUAUCCAUAAAAUAUGAUAUUAAAAGAUACAUUUGCAAACCAUUCUCUAAAUACUGCAGGGUGAACUCGUUUCUUUACAAACACGUAGGGUGUAAAUAACCAGAGGGAUUAAAGGUUGAGAAUUUUAAGGAAAGUUUGAUGUACAGCAAAUACCAUCACUAUUGGCCCAGUUCACUCAGCACUAUGUUCAUUCAGUUUUUCUUUUUCUUUUCUUUUUCCCAACUUAAAUGUAAUAAAAGAACAUGCUUGAGUACUGUCACCUGAAGAGAAAUGGUUCCUGUGACUGUCUUAGUUCCUUUUGUUUAUUUUUGUUUAUUUUUUAAGAAAAGAAAACUUGAGGAAAAAUAAAGAAUUCUUCGACGCCAUGAAAAUUCACUUUUUUUCCCUUGUUCUAUUCCAAGUUCAUUUGUCUGUAGGUUUUUAUUUUUUCCCCAUUGUUUUGUGCUUUGUAGCUUUACUCUUCAUGCCAGGAAGUCGUUGUAAGCCAUCUGCAAAACCAGCAUCGUGUUAUCUGCAAUAAAGAAGCAAAUAAAAUAAUGGUUAAUUUGA